UUCUCACGUGACUACCACUGGGUCUCUAAAGUGGGUACAGACUAAAGCUUCCCACACUACGACAGCAACCACAAUCAGCAUGGCGCCUGUCACUCGCUAUUCAGCCAGAGACCGCACCCCAGGCACGCCCCAACAACGGGACAACAUCCUGACCAAUGGCAUCGCCAAACCGGCGGGAAUUCGCAAACGACUGAAGCCAGAUAAGCCAGAUAAACAGAAGGCAGCCCUAGUAGAGAACCAUGGCUUUCGCGGGCGGGCUGGGGCGAGUUCUAAAAGCACAGUGGAGCACAGAACUUCCUCCACAGUAGGUGAUGGGGCCACCUGUGUCGCUUUCCUAAGUGUGGCAAAAAGUGUUUGAAGCAAGCAGCAUCCGAAACACUGGUUUUUGUGAAUUGUUAUUGUAUUUAGUGGUGUCAGCGAACUUUGAUCAAUGCUUUCAAUCUGAUACUAUCUGCCCGCCGC